AUAUAAAUGCAUAACAUGUCUCUCUCAUUGUCACUCACUAGGAAAAUUGAACAUGACAACUUCUAUGGUCUCUUCCAUGCUUCUCUUUCUCAUUCUCCUUCUUGUAUUUCCACAUAUCAAUAAUGCUCUUGGCGCACCAAUGGAUCUCCAAGCAUUUAAGAGAAACCUUCCUGAUCAAGUGGCGGGCAAAUUCCCAAGAGUUACUUCUGGCGUAGAGGAUGCUUCUCAACAGGCUAUAAAUGCUGUUCAAAGUAUUCCGGAUGUUAAGGAUCUUGCUGACGAUGCUAGGGAUGCGGCGCAAAACAGUUUAGCGCAACACAAUGCAGCACAAGACAAAAGUUCAAAUGGGUUUUGGUUUUGGUGCUCUGUUUUAGUCAUUUCUCUUUUCUUUAAGCUUUAGUUGAAAUGAGUGUUUCUGUGUUUACUUAUGGACUUAGGGUUCCAUUUUUCUCUUUGUGUGUUUUCUUCCAUGGCUCAGCUCAACUCAUCUCACUUUUGCUUCAAUGCGUUGGAUGCGUUUGCGGUUUCUGUUGUUCCUCAUCUAUGUAUAUGCAGAUGUUUGUGAUGUUUGUCAUUUCCCAUUUCUAUUGACCUUUUAUUUAUCUUC